UUUUUAUUUGGCACGUUGAUCGGUGCUUGACACGGUGCUUGGAGCUGAAAAACGUGGAACGCAUGUUCGCAGCGGCUUGAAAACGGCGUCGUCUUGGUGCUACUAUUCUCCACUUCUUCGUCGCCAUCGUCGAUUAUAGCGCGCUCAUCUUCGCCGCAUUGACAUAUCUGACAUCGAGCAUCCCGCGGCGCGGUGUUGACUUAUAACAAUUAAUCCCAACGAUUCUCGGCAAUAGACAGAAAUUAUACAGCAUUUGUAUAAAAUGGGAACCGUAGAAUAUAAUUUACCACCGAACGGUGGUCUCAUGCCCCAAAUUCAAGCGUUGAUCGCCCCACCGAUUUCGGACGAGUCCAAAUGUGCGAAAAUGAAAAAGGAGAAAGAGGCUGAAAAACGACAUCCCUAUUUUAAGAGACCGGGCAGAGGUCACAAUAGAGACUCUUGCGAUGCUUGCAGAGACGGCGGAGAACUCAUAUGCUGCGACAAGUGUCCUGCUUCGUUUCACCUUCAGUGCCAUGACCCUCCACUGGAUCCAGCCGAGAUUCCCCAUGGCGAAUGGAUGUGCCACUCUUGUCGAUGCUCUGCAAAAAAACAGGAUAUCAAGGAAAAAUCUGGCCCUUCCACUGCUCGGAAAAGAAAAAAGAAAUCUGCGUUAGAAAUUUUAGCGCUCGCAGCUUCCCUUGUUAAUCCCAGAGAAUUUGAACUGCCGAGAGAAUUGCGACUGCCUAUAACCUUCCCAGGGACUGACAAGGUCGAAGCCAAUUCUGGAAAAAGAGGAAAACAGCCUGGAGCUGCUUGCAACAACGGCGAACGCCGUCCCAGUAAUCGUAAGGGGCAGUGCCUCGAGGGUGGACCGGUUGUUCCUUUACCGGCUCGUCUGUGUUUCGAGUGUGGCAAGAGUUGCAAAAGAGCGCCUCUCGUCGCAUGCGACUACUGCCCGCUGUAUUUUCAUCAAGACUGUCUGGACCCACCUCUAACCGCGUUCCCCAGCGGUCGAUGGAUGUGUCCGAAUCACCCGAAUCAUUUCAUCGACCAGAAUCUCCUGAAUUCGUGCAAGGCUACCGCGCGGCUAAAGCUUUGGGAUCAAUUUGCAACUCGACGGAUCGACCAACACGCCGUCAAACUCGAAUUCCUACGAAAAGCUUACGCCGUUAAUCCUCCCUUCAGAGUGAAGUACAGUACCAGCGGACGUCCGCGGGUCAAGGUACCUCACACCGUCAAGUAUCAUUACGCGAAUCCACCGGAUCUCGAUCUGUCAAACUCCUACAGAAUUGGAACGGUUAUACGACCCUUUUUCCGCUCAAAGUCGCCCACUGACAGAGACACCCUCGAGGACGUCGACGAAGUGAAGGAAACGAACGAAGCGAGCAACGAGGACGGCGACGAUCCUGAAUCCAAUUCGGACAAAUCUUUUCAUUACCUUAGAAACCGUGAAUAUAAUAGUUACGCCAUUAAAGAAGGUGUACAGUUGCUCGAACGGCCUGUUUUAGAAGCCCUCGCCCAACAGAGGCUCCAACAGAUAAUGAAUCCACUGGGCGAAGAAUACGAGCCCAUCGAUUGUGCUCACCAGGCUCGCGCUGCUCUUUUUCCCCUCAGUCGUAAACCCGGACCCCCAGCAUUUAUGGUACGAUCGACUCUGACCAUAGGCACUGGAUCCAACUGCGACGUACCUCUCUCAAAGUACGGCAAUUGUGACUGCACUUCCAGUAAGCAUGCAGUCAUCUUCUUCGACGAGACGACAAAACGUUACGAGUUGCUGAACUACAGCGAGCACGGUACGAUAGUCGACAAUGUUUUGUACUCGUGUGACUACGAGGGUUUGUCAGCGAAACGGCGUAAAGACGGGGACGAAUCCGCGGUCCCGGAGCACUGGAGAACAUCUUCGACUUUUAAGGCGAUUGCGAAAAGAGCGAACUCACCGGAACGCGGUUCGACGAAUGGCAAACGCGUUUUAUCCUGCAAAUGCAACGUCCUCGAGAAUGAAACGGACGAUCGAGUUUACACUCAAUCCGGUUGGGAGGGAAGCGCUAUCGUCGCUCACGGCUCCAUUCUCACCUUUGGCUGUCUAGUUUUCGUUUUCAGUGCGGUCGAUCCAUCCCCGAAACCGCACUGAAAGAGUCUUGUAAAUAUUGUACAGUAAAACGGCGGUUCCGGCCUCCUGUUUCAGUUUACCAAUUUCCGCUAAAUGUUUAAAAUUAAAGAAAGAAACGUAAACUAUGUGCGCAACCUCAGGACUUUUUGAACCUGGUAUACAAAUGCUCUAUUCUUCGUGUGAAACACCCAAUAAAAGUCGAGGUAUAAACACGUAAAA